AUGUCUGAAAGGCACAAAACUGGCCAGAAAUCACCGAACACUGGGGAGAUCCAGCCUGGGGACGACGAGUUCACGCCCGAGGACCAUGACAUCAACCCCUCCUCUUCGGCGCUACCCACAUUUUUACCCAGUGACGUCAUUCCACCUCCCCCGCGGCGUCCACGGAUCCCCUGCAUGGUUCUCCCCUCUGAUUGCCGGACGUGGACUGCUUCUCGUGCCACUGCACCACCUCUGGAGAUCUCUAACACCAUCGAGCAUGCCCCAGGUGGUGACACCACUAAUGCGCUCUCUCCCAGCCCUGUGCUGCACUGUCACCAAUGUCCAGUCAGCCUCCCAGACGCACGCCCACCCAAGUGCCCUUGGCGCACGACCGUCGCUGCCUCUCGAAAAGGAAAGUCACGGGCUCCCCCUGCCAGGCACUCUUCCCUCACAGAGACCGAGCAUCUCUCGAGGCACUCCUCCCCACCACCCACAGCUCCCUCAUCUCCUUCGUCACCUGGUCUCGGUGAUGCAGAGGCGAUUUUGGCCCGAACACAGGGAGACACUACCGAUACCCUCGAUGGUGACAUUCAUGCACGGUUGGCCUCCUUGCCCACAUCUGCAUGCGAUGUAUAUCAACAGUACCUUCGCAUGCUAAACGAGGCAUUUUUGGCACAGGCUAACACUCAGCGGUGGCCUCCCACCCUGCCCGAGCCCUCCUCAUUGGCUCCAUCCUUCGCCUUGCGAUCUUCUGGACUCUCGACCGCCACACCCUCUGGCCCAUGCAAGCCAUCGUCGCAUGACUUUCCUGCCAUCCCAAUGGAGCUUGAUCCUGACUGCCUUAUGGAUCCUCCCGCUGUCAUCCAAGUCAUUCGCUCUGGACUAAAGACAUACAUCCCUCUCACUGCCCUGACGAAUGAUGCCUGUCGCAAUGUUCAUAGGCUGGCACAUCGCCAAAAGGAGACUCUGAAAGUCGAAAAUGGGUCUGUCACUGUGUCGUUACUGGUCCUUGAUGCAUCCCGUGAACCAUUCCUUUCCACUGCCGAGUUCCAGCAGGCGUACCCAUGA